CCUCAAAUUCUGUCUGGCCAUGUUAACUUCACUGGGCAUAGAAGACUGUGGCAAUCAGGUGAUGCAGUUUAUCUUAUCUCACGGAGAAGUUUUCCAUGGAAUUCUACGAGACAGACUGCCCAGUUUAAGUCUCCCUGCUCUACGUGAACUAGCCCUAACUACAGCGGUACUGACACGACCUAACUCCAGGGGCAUUCCAGAUGCAGAAUUUGAUGACCUUGACCCAGCUGGAAUAGAGUUGAAAGGUCAAAAUGUCAGGAUUGAGAGACAGAUGUUGGCUUUGAUGCCAAAGUACUGUAUAUUCAAGAGAGUCAACAGACAACUCAAGUUACUGGAGUCUGACGAGUCGACUUGCGGGAAGGACUUAAGUUCAGAACUCGUGGUGGUAUUUUUAGAAGUGUCCUCCAAUGUGACCUCCUGUUGUCGAGCUGUCAUCUCAACCUCAGGUAAAACAACAAACUUAAGGACAUAUCUUGUCAGAUGA